GCCGGUGUCUCCAACAUGGCGGCUCCCCAAGAUGUCCACGUCCGGAUAUGUAACCAAGAGAUUGUCAAAUUCGACCUGGAGGUGAAGGCGCUUAUUCAGGAUAUUCGUGAUUGUUCAGGACCCUUAGGUGCACUUACCGAACUGAAUACUAAAGUGAAAGAGAAAUUCCAACAGUUACGUUACAGAAUACAGGAGCUUGAGCAGUUGGCUAAAGAGCAAGACAAAGAGUCAGAGAAGCAACUUCUCCUCCAGGAAGUGGAGAAUCAUAAAAAGCAGAUGCUCAGCAAUCAGACCUCAUGGAGGAAAGCCAAUCUUACUUGCAAAAUUGCAAUCGACAAUCUAGAGAAAGCAGAACUUCUCCGGGGAGGAGAGCUCUUAAGGCAAAGGAAAACCACUAAGGAGAGCCUGGCCCAGACGUCCAGCACCAUCACAGAGAGCCUGAUGGGGAUCAGCAGGAUGAUGUCCCAGCAGGUCCAGCAGAGUGAGGAGGCCAUGCAGACUCUAGUCAAUUCUUCACGAACAAUCCUGGAUGCAAAUGAAGAAUUUAAGUCCAUGUCGGGGACCAUCCAGCUGGGCCGGAAGCUCAUUACAAAAUACAAUCGCCGGGAGCUGACGGACAAGCUUCUCAUCUUCCUUGCUCUGGCUCUUUUUCUUGCUACAGUCCUCUAUAUCUUGAAAAAGCGGCUCUUUCCAUUUUUAUGAGAUCCCAAAGCUGCCAGCUAUGGCCCUUUCAGCUCCUGUUUCAGGGUCCGUCCAGCUCCUGAGCACCUGGCACAGGAUGUCAAGCUGAGCCACACCUGUGUUUGCUCCAGUUGCUCAGCAGGUCAGGUGGAAACAGCUCCCUGGUUUUCUGCAAGUGGGUGGCUUGCAGAGGGCGAGCAGAGCCACGGGCAGGCCCAUCCUUGGGACAUCAUCAGGACUCCUGAGCCCCUCGUGCACUGUGGGGGCUGCCGGUUGGAACACUCAGAGCCCAGCUACUAGGAUGUGAUCCUUCUCUCCCCCUGUCCCACUGAGCUCCUACAUGCCAGAUCUGGUAAAGGGAAGAGAGAAGAGGUGGGAAGAAGGGUGAUGAAAACUCAAGGCCAUUCCCUGAAUAAACUUGAUUGUAUUUAAUAAAAUAAAAUGCUUUUUAUU